GCCACUUGAGUUCUACGGAACAAAUUGCAGUAGUAAACUUCCGGUACGACUGUGUUUGCAGUCCGAGUUGAAGUGUGCCUCUGUGUUAGUUCUAGACGACCGUAAUACUUGAUUUUUUUUUAAUAUAAAAAAACAGGCAUCGAUGGCGACAGAGGACCAACAAGGAGCUCCUUCAGUUGUUGAUCGUUAUUAUACCCGUUGGUAUAAAACAGAUUUGAAGAGUAAGCCCUGUGAAGACCACUGUGUUCUGCAGCAUUCUAAUAGAAUUUGUAUCAUUACACUUGCAGAAUCGCAUCCAAUUUUACAAAAUGGAAGGCAAAUCAAGAGCAUAAAUUACCAGAUCAGUGCCAACUGCAGCAGGCUACAAAACAAGGUUUCUGGGAAGUCGAAGCGGGGUGGACAGUUCCUUACAGAGCUUGCACCCCUGUGUAGAAUAGCAUGCACAGAUGGAGAGGAAUAUACAGUUUUUAGUUGUAUCAGAGGACGCCUGUUAGAAGUCAAUGAAGACAUUCUUACGAAUCCUAGUCUAUUACAGGAAAAGCCAUCCACAGAAGGCUACAUUGCAGUUGUGUUGCCUAAAUUUGAAGAAAGUAAAAGUGUAACCCAAGGACUGCUGACCCAGACGGAGUAUGAAGAUAUUCUUUCUAAAAGAAGGAGCACAAACCCUGAGCCAUGCUGAUACAGGGAUUGCAGACUGGGCUGCUGUACUGCGGCUGCCUGUCUUUUACAGCUGGAGGGAGUACCAGGAGUUGUGAACAGCAAAUGGCUCGAUUGUUUAUUGGCUUUAAAAACAGCCUUUAAAGGCUAGUUUUGCAGUUAGGAAUAAAUAAGGAGAGGCACUGGGGUUUAUUCAACUUGUGUAAAUACUGCCAUAGUUUAACCCAUUGUUAUGUUUGAUUUGAAAUAUCUUGGUACACAUGAGCCCUAUUUUAAUUUGCUAAAGUGGCUGUAUUCAGAUCCACCACUGUCUUUGAAAAGUUAUGGAUUUGUAUGCUGUCGUAAAGGUUAGUUUAGUCGCUGCCUGGCAACUUGAAAAUAAAUGGUUUAAACACCA